ACAAUCCGAUCCAGCGAUGCAAUAAUUACUGGGGGUGCAGACAGCUUUAAAAGGGCAUAGGAGAUCUCUCAUUUUCUCAGCAAAGUCUGGCAGGAAAGUUUUUCUUCCUUUUCUUCUUUCUUCUGUUUUUUUUUUCUUUCUGCAGAGGAAGGAGUUUGGGAUUUGUGGAGCAAAUUCUCUGGAUCUUCCCCCUCAUCAUCACAGAAAAAGGAGAUGGGUAGCAGUUAUUUUGGGGAACCAAACAUGGGAAAUGAAAGAUCUGGGUCUUCAAGGAAAGGCAAGAAGAGUAAUUCAGACAAGCCCAAGCAGCCCCAGAGAGGGCUGGGAGUUGCUCAGUUGGAGAAGAUCAGAUUGCAUAGUCAAAUGGGUUGUAGCUACAUGCCUUCUCUUCAUGGUCCAUAUCCCACUACCCUCAACCAGGAGGACAUGAGAGUGCAAACAGCCUAUUCAUCAGUACCAUCAUCGUCAUCUUUUUCUUAUUCACCAUCCUCAUCAUCCACGGCAUCUUAUGGUUUCCACCCCAAUAUGAUGAUGGGUCUGAGUGAAAUGGAUAGGUCAAAUAUCAGAUAUGGUGAUUCUCAACCUAGUACUACAGCGAGGUGGAACCCCAGCAGUGGCACAAUGGAGACCCAACAGUAUUCACAAUUGAACAUGACAAGACACCUUCUGAAUCUAGAAGUAGAGGACUCAUUUCAGAAGAAGAGAAAGAAAGACCGGAGCGAUUCAUUGGGCUCAAGCAGUCAGAACUCUGAAUCAAGUGACACUCAAGAACUAGACUUGGAGCUCAGACUGUCGCUUUAAUCAGCUAUUCACAGCCAUUCAGAUGCAUGGAUUGAUAUAUUUUAUGAUUCUACUUACAAUUCAAAAGUUCGAUAUAAUUGGUGGGAUUUGCAGAAUGGCACUAGUCGAGCAACUUGAGUUAUAUUUUAGAAGGAAUCUUGUGUAAUGAAAGGUAGAUUGACUCUUCAUAAAAGAUUAAUGCAAUUUUCUACUUGGGUCAUUUCAUGACUAUGGAGGAAAUGAGAAUGUCUUGUUUACUUUCAA